AUGGACUGGCUACGCCUCAGCCGUUCCAAGGCCGACCUGUCAGGCCUGAAGGGCGGCGCCCCUAGGCGAGGCAUCACGCUGGAGGAGGUGAAGCAGCACAGGACGCGGGACGAUGCAUGGACCGCCAUUCGCGGCAAGGUUUACAACAUGAGCGCAUACAUGGCCUUCCACCCGGGAGGCGACAAGAUGCUGCUGGCGGUGGCGGGCAAGGACGGCACCGCCAUGUUUGACAAGUACCACCCCUGGGUCAACAUCGAUUUCCUCAUGUCGGCGUGUGUGGUGGGUCUGCUGGCGCCCCCCACUCCUGGCCCUGCGGGGGUCGAGUGGGAGGACGACGCGCCGGCGCAGGAGCAUAAGCCCGAUGAUUUAUAG